AUGAGUCGGGAGAUCGAUGAGAUCAAUCUCAAGUUCGCAGAAGCUCGAGAAGAGAUCGAGAUGGCUUUGGAAUCAAAGGAGACGGUUUACUUCGACGAAGAGGCAGAAAGUGCUAGGGAAGCUGCGAAGGUUGUCCUGGACAUGUUCCAGGGUCUAUUGGCAAAGUUACCUGAGAACGAGAGGGCUUCGUUGCAGAGGUCCAUGGGGCUAAAGAUCGAGCAAUUGAAGGCUGAGCUUGAACAAUUGAACGAUUGAGAGAGUUUGGUUCAAUGGGUAUAAGUCUAAAUCAUUCUUUUUAGUUUAUUUAUUUAUUUAUUUUUUUUUAAUACAAUGAGCUGAAUGUUGUUUCGGGCGAAGUUCUGGUGAUUUUGCCAACCAGUUUAUGUUGGAAUGUAUCAGAUAUUAUUUAAUCCACAGCUUCGGAACAAUGGAUUUUUUCUAUUUUUUCCGAUGAUCAUUUGAAUAUUAUUUUCAAUGGAAAUUAUCGCUUUUGCGGACCA